AUGCUCCGGGAUUCUGAUAUAGAUUUUCUGAAUGGGCAUCUAGCAUCCAUAUCGCAAGAACAGCAGAAACACCAUGACAACUUACAGGAUCUCUUGAGUCAAUUCAAGAACUUAUUGGACGACUACAGUUCACUCAAGAGCGACUAUGAGGAGGUCAAAGAAGGUCGGGAGAAGUACAAAAGACAAGCCCGCGGCCAGGACCGUAACCCCUUUGUUCUUGUGCUCAUAGACGGGGAUGGAUAUUUGUUCAAAGAACAUUUCCUGAAGCACGGAAGCGAAGGAGGCAUUAAUGCAGCCCGCGAGCUGAGUGACUCUAUCAAAGAGCUUAUGCAUUCGACCAUGGGAAUGCAGGCAGAACAGUGUCGCAUCAUGGUUCGUGUUUAUGCAAACGUCCUUGGUUUAUCAAAGGUUCUUGCUCGAGCUGGGCUUAUGGGCCACGAGGCUCGAUCUAUGGCACCCUUCACUUCAUCUUUCACCCGUGCUCAGGAGCUUUUUGACUAUGUCGAUGCUGCAGAGAAGAAAGAAGGCAGUGAUUUCAAAAUUAGAGAAAUGUUCCGUCUCUUCGUGGACUCUAACCAAUGCCGCCACAUAUAUUUCGCUGGCUGCCAUGACACUGGAUACGGAUCUCUGUUGACGCCCUAUAGAGGCAGGAGUGACCGUAUUACACUCAUCAAAGCUUCUGGGUUCCAUCGUGAAUUCGAGGACUUGGAUCUUCCUAUCAAGGAAUUGCCUUCAGUCUUUAUGUCUAAACCUCUAACUAGCGGCAAGCCGUCCACAGGCCCAGCUGGUUUGUCGUCUAUCAAGACAAAUGGUGGAAAUGGCACACAUCAUGUUUCUAAUGGUUCGAAUGGUGCAAAUUCCGUUAAACCAGUUUGCAAGCACUUCCAAAAGGGGAUUUGCAGGUUUGGUAACACUUGUAUUAAACAACACAUCAUGCCGAAUCAGUCCUUGAGUCGCCAAUCAUCGCCUCAAAGCCUGGAUAAUUCACCUAAACAGCUGUGGUCUUCCCCUACCGUUGUCGGUCGCUCAGAGGAAUACCUUCGAUCCAUGCUGCCGAUGCCGAGCAUCAAAACUGAGGAAUUCAUUCCUGUCAACAAAGACGGAGAUCGUAUCGAUCCAUACUGUCCUCAACCGUCGCCCGAGGCUUUCCGAGAAUACGAGGAUCGGGCAAAAGAGCACAAAGUCUGCAAUAGCUAUCAUCUCUCGGGAGAAUGCGGUGACAUGAGCUGUCUCUAUGACCACAGCGAUGUCUCCAACACCAUCAUUGAUGUUCUUCGUUACAUGCUCCUACAGCAUCCCUGCAGCCGGGCCGGCGCUUGCCGAUCAAUCAAAUGCUACAUGGGUCACCUGUGUCAGAAGGCAGGCUGUAAGGCCGUCAAGAGCUGGCACUGCCGAUUCAAUCAGAAUGCACACCUCCUUGAUCUUAAAACAGCGCGAUGGGAUGUGCCAAGCGACCAGAGUGAGAUUGAUCAGUGGUCUGUUAGCGACAUUUCCAUUGGGACAAAGUCGCCUCAGUUUACUUUCUGA